GAUGGCGCUGAUCCUCAUGAAUCGAAGCCGGUAGUAACACAACCAAGUGAGAGAAGCUUUGGAAUAGGGGAAAUAGCAUCAUCCCAUCUCCACUGCAUCUCGUGCCUCUACUCUAAAACAUAGGCCGCAUCCAUUUCUACCCAAGACCUAAAUGCCGCGCUUAUAGGCGUGAUCGUAAAUCAACCCUGGUUUGCUUUCUUUUCCAAAAAUGUGAUGACUACCAGGUUUAAAAAUGCUGUUGACGGUUUUCAAGUCCACACUGCUGACGUUCAUUUUUUUCAUAAGUUUUCUCCGUUUUAGUUUAGGAGCCAUUAUUUCUCCGGUGCUUUUAAGUUCUAUGAAUAGUGAUGUUCCUUCAACCACUGAAACUUCCGAAGAGGAAUGGAAUCUUGCCAAUUCUUCUUCCAGAUCGACCGGUGCUCUUGAAGGCAAUUCUAUUUUGAUGCUCCCUGAUCUAAAUGUUCAAUCCAAUACCUCGUCUUUUUCAGAUACUCAACUGAUGUCUUCAAUAAAUGUCUUUUCAUCCAUGCCCGUUGAGAGAUACAGUACUUCUCCCAUUCCAAUUAGCACGUCUAGUUAUUCUUCCAAAUUUCAAGAAUAUUCUUCAAAAAGUGCAUUAUUCGGAGAAAAUUCUUUCAGAUCGAUGGCAAUUAUAGAAAAACAGAAAGGAAAAUUAUCGUCCGUUGUGAAUGGCAUGAAAGAAACACCAUCUUCCAAUACUGAAAUUCAUGCUAUUUCGGGAUCAGUGCCAUACAAACAGUUUCAUACACCCUUAAUGUCUCUACUAGUCGCUUCGCCGUCUUUACCGUUUCCAAUUCAUCUAGAAACGCAGAGCCAUUUCUUGCCUCACACAAGUCUGUCCUCUCAUUCCAUGUCAUCUCUCUACAACGAAUCUACAAACACCGAUGUAUUACCAGAAAGCGAGCACAAAAAGCUGCUGAUGCUGGUUUUACGGGCGGAGGAUUGCACUAGGCUGUCAAAAGUAGAUUUCGAGAAGAUGCUUGGGAAGUUAAUGGUCAAAUUUGGUUUUGGUGAUGUCGUUCCCGAAGUUUCGAAUGCCAAAUGUUUUUCACACCUCCAUAUAAAUUUAACGGUUGGUGGACGAACCCCAACUCUCCGUUUUUUGCCAAAUAUUGACGACAGGCAUAAUAUUACGGUUGAUGUCCUCAACAGGACUUUUCGAGUCGUGAAGUUAGAGAAAAUUGAUUUGAAGUUCGAAAAAUCGAAAUCUUCGAAUACAUCUUCCACUAUUAUUACAUCUAUUGCCGAACAUGAAUCAAUUGCUUAUAUUUCUGUAGGUAUAACAUUUGGACUUGUUCUGGUUCUUUGCUUUUUAAUGUGUUGCAUUAAAUGCUGUUGCUUACGCAAAUCUCAAAAAAGGUUUGGUACUGUCGUCAAAAAUGCACACGUUCGUUUGCGACCUGAAGAUUAUACUCUAACUCCAAUUCCGCGCCCUACCUCCUUGUAUGUUGAUUAUUAUCGGGGAUCGGUGGCAGCUGAUAUAUACUCAACAACUUCCGCAGGCUCAGUAGCUAGCACAACUCCUACCGUCGAUCAAGGAAUCAUACAGCCUUUUGAUACCAGUAUUGUGCCAUUGGAGGACUCUACUGCAUUGCAGUUAGAUAGUUCUCGUGACCCUUCAGUCGAGUCAGUCCCAACUCAGUCCGAUCUUAAGACAUUUAAUAUUCAUGGCCUUGCUGGCAAAGGAUUACGCAACACUUCUACAGAUUCUAAAGAACAAUUGAAUCCAAGGAAAGAUUCACGAAAACCAGGAUCGAAAACUAGUGGUGUUGCCAAUCCAACAUUCCAGCGAUACUGAAGUGCAAUGAUUUUUCAGUUAAACAAUUUUUGAAUUUGUGAACCUUCAGUGGAUUCUCGAAAACCUGGAUCAUGACCUUUCAGGGGAAUCAGUUCCAACUCAGUCCGAUCACUAGACAUUCAAUAUUUAUGGCCUUCCUGGCAAAGGAUUACGCAAUACUUCUUAAGAUUCUAAGAAACAGUUGAAUCCCAAAAAAGAUUCAUGAAAACCAUGAUCAAACACUUGAGUUGUUGCCAAUCCUAAAAACCAGCGAUACUGAAGUGCAAUGCUUUUUCAUUUGAACUAUUUUUGAAGUUGUUGUUGAGGCCUUUUUAUAUACUUUUGAGAUACUGUUACUUGAAUAGAGUGAGUUUCAGAAUUAGUUGAAUAGCUCAUAAUUGAAUUAAAUAACAGUUUCAACUCAGUUUGAAGCUGUGCACAAAUUCAUCUCAAAUUUUAAUAGUAAUCAUUCUGAAAAAAAAGUAUACGAACGAGAAAAAUUAGGCUAAUGGAAUAUUUUAAAUGGAAAUAAGGCUUUCAUAUUAUUUUUCUCCUUGUGUGCUUCCAUUUUUCAUCAGUCGUCUGAUUUUCCAAACUUAAAAAUCUGUUCAUUGUAAAAUUUGUUUGUUUACUCAAAACAGUUUAGAAUAUUUUCCCAACAAAACAAUGUUAGAAUAUUCUUUACAAAACAGUGUUUGAAUAUUUUCUCUUUCUUGCUACAAAUAUCCUUCUUUAUAUUAGAUCUAAGUUAUAGGAUUGGUGAAAAUUUUAAGUGUUUUUGAAAACGUGUUAACCAACGCAACACUUUUUAAAGUGAUAAAACUUUUUCAAUUUUUCUUAUAUCAAACUUUAAGCCUUUU